AACACUUGUCAAAAUGACACCCAAAUACACAGACGCCGUUCAGGGAAAAGAGCUCUACAACUACUUCGGCAACCGAGUUGUGGCAUCGACAACUUCACAAGGAAAUGUCGUGGCCGUCAAACACAAACCCGCUGGAGGCUUCGUGCGAUCAGAAGCACAAAUGAUGCACUACGCCUCACAGCAAGGAAUCCUCGCCCCGCGUGUCCUUGGCUCAUAUGAUGUCGAACCGGAAGUCAUUGCCACCGUAACAGAUCUGGUUCCGGGCGAGUCACUCGAUAAAGUCUGGCAUGCAAUGAACAAAGAGCAGCGGAAUUCAAUCAAAGCACAACUCAAGGAGCAAAUACGUCUCUUUCAAACCUGUACGCAGCCAUAUAUCGGACGAAUCAACCACCAGGAAACUUUUAAUUUCUAUGAUCGACUUCAUUUUAGGUUUAUGGGACCAUUCGAUACAGAAGAGGAGUUCGACAAUUGGUGUCUUGCACGUGUUAAAUCCCCAAUGGCUGCUGCGAUGUGGAAAAAGUUACUUCCCAGGAUGCGUGGAGAUAGACCAUCGAAAUUUGUAUUGACUCAUGGAGAUCUCGCUGCGCGGAAUAUCAUGGUCAAGGAUGGGAAGAUCACUGGAAUCGUGGACUGGGAGUACUCUGCAUUCUUUCCCGAGUACAUGGAGUAUGCUCUUGCAACAGUGAUUCACGAUGGCCAUGAAAGCUGGUGGUUGCCUGUUCUGAAGGAGGUUCUUGAGCCUUGUGGAUUUCAAAGAUCUAGAUUUACUGCCACGAUCAAGGAUAGAGGGUGGUGAUUUACUUUCUGGCUUUUGUGGUUUAUUUAAAAUGGUUAUUCCCCCUCGUUCAUAAUAUGAGAAAUGAGAUAUAAUGCCA